UUAAAAGCUCGCUGCCUGCUCUUGUGAAAGAGGGCAUCAAUCCCAGUGAUAGAUACACACUCACUCGUGACAAGCUAGUCUUUGUCUACAUUCAUUCUACAUUCACUCACUUUCUUGUUCGAAAGCGCCGGACCGCCUUUCUUCUUUGAGCUUCUUUGUUGCUGUCAAGAAACACCUUCUUCACAGAAACAGCACCGUCAUUACACUGUCCUUUCAGCUCUGACUCUACUUUGCAACUUCCAGUCCUUCCUUGCAUUCAUAACAACCACAGUCUCUACAAAAAAACGCUCUAUACACAUUAUGUAUAUGAAAAUUCUGUCUGUGCUUGCCCUAGUUGGCGCUGCCCAGGCUCACAUGAGCUUGUACUACCCUCCCCCGCUAGGUGGAGCGCCAUCCAUCAACCCUCAGUCAACCGAAAUCGACCCCGAGUUCAACUUCCCACUUGGAUGCUGCGGCCCUGAUGGAGGUGACAGCAGGCCUUCUCCAGGCCCCUGCCGUGGUCACCUUGACAAGUUCGAUACCGAGAAGGCGUCUGUCACCUGGCAGUCUGGUCAAGAUGCCUACUUCCAGCUUACCAGUUUCGACUAUGACAAAGCUGCUCCCGGUGGUACUCACUAUGGUGGAUCCUGCCAGGUCGGAUUUUCCACGGACAAGGGCAAGAGCUGGAAAUUGGCUGCAUCAUACCACGGUGCUUGCCCGCAUGCUACCGAAGAUGGCUCACCUGAGGCCCAGACCUUCGACUUCAAGGUCCCUACCAACAUGCCCGAGGGCGAUGCUCUGUUUGUCUGGAUCUGGCUGAACCGUGAGCAUGAGAGCUUUGAGUCCUGCAGCAAGGUGCAUAUUGGCGGUGGAGGAUCAGGCAACAGCACUGAGCCCAGCAAGCCCUCCCAAUCAGCAUCUCAGCCUGAGGAGCCAGCAUACUCUGCCACUUCACCCAAGGAGACACCUCAGCCUGAGACAACUCAGCCACCCAGCAACGAUGACAGCUACGAGAAGGAACCCGCUGGCGACAACAGCAACAAUAACAACGGCGGUGUCGUCACCGUAACCACCGUAGUCGCAACCACCAUCUACAAGUCCGAAACCGCCGAAACCGCUGCUCCCGACUCCUCCUCGCGAAACUGGGGCCGCGCCCACCCAGCAGUCAAGCCCAACACGCGCCGCUACCAAGUCGACGGCUCCCGCUGCGACUGCACCCGCGACGUCCUCACCCUCGCCGCCCGCUGCUUCUGCGACUCCCCCGAAAAGAGCAUCGAGCGCAAGGCCCUCCGUCUGCACCGCCGCACUUUUUACAAGCGCACCGACGCCUGCGACUGGAACUCUGCGCCUGCUAUGGAGACUUCGUACUAUACUAUCGAUGCCAAUUGUGCUGCUGGUGCCAAGGACCGCAUGCCUGAGAGCGACACGUUUGAGCUUGGGUGGGAUGUCUCCUGUGGUGUUGUUGAGGGCGAGAGCGAAUAUGAGAUUAAGACUAUGACUUGUGAUAUGUAUGGUUAGGUUCUCUGUGCAUGGGUUGUUGUUGGACUUUUUUCUUCGUACAUAUCCUUCUUCAUCUUCUUUUUUUCACUCGUUCAUUACGUUCCUGGACGCUGGCUUCUUUUUUUUCUUUUCUUUCUUCAUGUUGCUUCUUGGUCGCCAUCGCACCACCAUGUUUGCUUCGACAAUUUUUUUGGGGGAAUGGGGUGUUUUGCAGCAGUUUGCAUGACGCAAAUGUGCUUGCUUUGUGUAUCUGUACUGGGGCGGAAAUCUUGCUGCUACUUCGGUGUUCUCGCGCUAGAUUAUGCAAUGUACAUAUUUGGCCGAUGGGUAGAUUUGGACAACAAAAGGGAAACAAGACGCAUGUGUUGAUUUCAGCACUGUCUUACAAAACAAUUUAACGUAUGAGAAAUCAUC